AGCCCACAGCAUCACAGUCUGCUAGCUGCAGCAUCGCUUGCUCUCCAUCAUCCUCUUCCUCAUGAAAGAGCCACUCAGCUCGUCCUAUUCCUCCUCCUCUUGCUGCUGCUCUUCUUCCUCCAACUUGUCCUCCGCCACAACCACCAAUGCUUCGACAGAAGUAGUCCACAGUUCAGAGGUGAUCUCAGGCAAAGUAGCCAGGGGUGGCUACAAGAGGAAAGGUCGGGCAACCGGUGGCGAGGAGAGUAAGAAGCAACGCACUGAUGGCGAGCAUCCUUCUUACCGCGGCGUUCGAAUGCGUCAAUGGGGUAAGUGGGUGUCGGAGAUCCGUGAACCGAAGAAGAAGUCGAGGAUCUGGCUCGGGACAUUCCCGACCGCCGAGAUGGCCGCCCGAGCACACGACGUGGCGGCGUUGGCGAUCAAGGGGCAGUCUGCGUACCUCAACUUCCCGGAACUGGCUUCCCAUCUACCCCGUCCGGCCACCGCUGCAGCGAAGGACAUCCAAGCUGCGGCGGCGCUGGCUGCCGCCACCACGUUCGGCGAUCACAGCCCCGGGUCACGCACGAGCCCAAACCAAACCAAGCUGUCACCAUUCCGUUCUCCUGCUCCUGUGACGCCACCGAGAGACGACGGCGACGGCGACGGCGCUCUCUUCGAUCUACCCGAUCUCCUGCUUGAUUUAAGAGAAGGCUUCAGCCACUCUUCGCCAUGGGCACCGUCGGCAGCCGAGGACGUCAGCGAACUUAAGAUCGAGGAGCCAUUCCUGUGGGGAUACUGCUGCUAGUCUCAAUGAUCUCUUUCUCUGCUUUGGUAAAAUUACUUAACAAUAGCUUCCUCACAUACUAAUAUACAUUUCCAAAGAACAACAUAGCCAAAUCAUGUUCGACAGAUCGAUGAAUACUUAGAUGAUGUAUGAGUGUGUAACGUUACAGCCAUGUUCCUAUUUGCUCAAACUGUAAAGCAUUUGCUUUGCCUCUGUGCCUUAGUGCAAUCACAUGGUGACAAAUUGUAAAGGAGUAGGGCAGUUCUUUUCCUUCUCUGAAAACUAUCUUCAGCAUGAUCCUUCAUUCAAUUGCAAUGCUUACCUUUCAACAGUAAGAGGA